AUGGUUCAAUUCAAAGCCUGUUUCUUGCUCCUGGGUGUGGUGGGUGCCCAUGCAACAACUGUGGUGCAGGAUGACAGUUUCUUCUAUGGCCAGAGCCCCCCAGUCUAUCCCAGUCCCAACAUGACUGGGGCUGGCGGAUGGGAGCAUGCACUUGUCAAAGCUCAAGGUCUGGUGGCUCGCAUGUCUCUAGAAGAAAAGAUCAGUAUCACUGCAGGGGUUACGGACAACACGAGUGGCUGUGGAGGUAAUAUCCCGGCUAUCAAUCGCCUUGGUUUCCCCGGAAUGUGUCUACAGGAUGGCCCCAAUGGCAUCAAAGGAGCAGAGCUGGUCAACGGUUAUCCAUCUGGUAUUCACAUUGGUGCAAGCUGGAACAAAAGCCUCGCUUAUCACCAGGCGCACGCCAUCGGCGGUGAGUUCCGACGAAAGGGGGUGACUUUGGCACUCGGUCCACCUGUUCUUGGUCCUCUCGGACGAAUCGCGCUGGGAGGACGUAAUUGGGAGGGCUACGGCAAAGACCCAUAUCUCAGUGGUAUCAUGGGAGCUGAAACAGUCCGAGGCGUGCAAGACAACGGUGUUAUUGCGUGCGCAAAGCACUUCGUGGGCAAUGAGCAAGAGUUACACAGGAACCCUCGACCUGAUCCUAUCACUAACAGAACCGUUGAGACCUCCUCCACUAACAUGGACGACAAAACUAUGCACGAGCUGUAUAUGUGGCCAUUUGCCGACGCUGUGCACGCCGGUGUUGCGAGUGUCAUGUGUGCCUAUCAGCGACUGAACAAUAGUUAUUCGUGCCAUAACAGCAAAGCACUGAAUGGCCUCUUGAAAACCGAGCUCAACUUUCAAGGGUUUGUAUUGAGUGACUGGUUUGCCCAGCACACUGGGAUUGCGAGUGCCAUGGCUGGCCUUGAUAUGGUCAUGCCCGAUGGAGACCUCUACUGGGGUGCAAACCUUACACGCGCAGUGCACAACGGAUCCGUUCCAGUAUCCCAAAUCAACAAUAUGGCUACCCGAAUUAUGGCAGCUUGGUAUCUCUCCGGUCAGGAUAACCAAGACCUCCCACCGGUUGGUAUUGGGAUCACCGCAGACUACAGAAAGCCGCAUCCCGUGAUUGAUGCCCGCGACCCCGAUGAUGAGGCCCUCAUCCUCGAGGGAGCCGUCCAAGGACAUGUCUUGGUCAAAAAUGUCGACAACGCCUUGCCAUUGUCCCGCCCGCGGAUCCUAUCCAUCUACGGGUACGACGCGAAGGUUGCAAACACCAACCUUGCGAUGGCCGGGGUGAAUGGCUGGACUCAGGGGCUGCAGGCACACAACUAUAAGAGUGUUGUAUGCGGCUUUGGUCCGAACGGGGGUCACUGUCCUCCAUUCGCUCCGAUUGCCGCCAAAGGGACUCUCAUCGGUGGCGGUGGCUCUGCGGCCAUUACGCCCGUGUAUAUCAGCAGUCCCUUUCAGGCCUUGGAAGCCCGCGCGCGCCGUGACAGAACACAAUUGUUUUGGGACCUUGAGGGUACACAGGUGACCAACGCCGAGGCAGAUGCCUGCCUUGUGUUCGUCAAUGCGGCGUCGUCCGAAGGGGUUGAUCGGCCGGCCUUGAGAGACGAUUACACGGACGGCCUUAUCCUUGACAUUGCUUCCCAGUGUAACAAUACAAUGGUUAUCAUUCACAAUGCAGGUGUCCGACUAGUCGACCCCUGGAUCGACCAUCCAAAUAUCACGGCCGUGAUAUUUGCACAUCUUCCUGGCCAAGACUCGGGAGAAGCCAUUACCCAGAUCCUAUACGGAGAUGUGAGCCCCAGUGGAAAACUUCCUUAUACCGUGCCUCAUGACGAGUCAGACUACGGAGCAUUACUCAACCCGGUGACCCACACCGACUGGGAUCGGUAUUUCCCGCAGGACAACUUUACCGAAGGGGUUUAUAUCGAUUAUCGUGCAUUUGAUAGGAACGGCAUCAGUCCGCGGUUCGAGUUCGGGUUCGGUAUGUCAUAUACCACGUUCAAUUAUUCGAAUCUCAAUGUCCAACCUACUGUGAAUUUAUCGGAGCUCUCCGAGUAUCCGAUUGGGCCUGUGAUUCCAGGCGGCAAUGCUGAUCUAUGGGACACCGUUGCUGUUGCAACGGCUGACAUCACUAACACUGGUCGAAUGGAGGCAGCAGAGAUUGCACAGCUCUAUAUUCAGAUCCCUAGCGAGGGCCAGCCACUCUUACAGUUGCGGGGGUUUGACAAGGUGACCGUCCCUCCGGGCGAGACCAGGACGGUUGAGUUCAGUAUCAGGCGCCGCGACAUCAGUCUUUGGGACGUGUCUGCUCAGAAGUGGAAACUCAUCGCGGGAGCUCAAUAUCCCGUUUUGGUUGGUGCCAGUUCCCGAAACAUUCUGUUGAACGGGACGUUAGAGCUGUGA